AUGGCGACACAAUUAUUCAAAAACGCUAUAGCAAAGCCCUUAUCCAAACUAACAGAAUGCAAUGAAAGCCAUAUUCUAAGGAUCUUGCAAGCGCCGAAAGCACAGCUGCAGCAUCAGUUUGGACUACCUGUACCCAAAUUGUUACCUCAAGGACAGAAAAAUGCAGUCGCUUACAGUCAAGAGCUUGCAGGCAAGUUUGAAGCAAAUACAUACAUUGAAAAAGCAUCAGCAGUUGGACCAUUUCUACAAUUUGAUGUACGACCUUCAGAAUACAUCAAAGCAACACUGAAUCAGGUUGUCAGUGAGAAGGAAAAGUAUGGUCAUCAUACACUGCCCGGAAAGAAAACUGUCAUUAUCGAUUACAGCUCACCCAACAUCGCCAAACCUUUCCACGCAGGACAUCUUCGCAGCACAAUUUUAGGCAAUUUCAUCAAACGCAUUCACGAUGCCAAUGGAUAUCAAACGAUCGGCAUCAAUUACUUGGGCGAUUGGGGUAAACAGUAUGGACUCUUAGCCAUUGGAUUCGAUAUGUUUGGCCAAGAGACAGAGCUUGAAAAGGAUCCGAUUCAUCAUCUAUACGAGGUCUACGUCAAGAUCAAUGCGCUCGCAAAGGACGAUCCCGAGAUUGACAAGCAAGCCAAUGCUUAUUUCAAAAAGAUGGAACAGGGCAAUCAACUAGCGUUAGCACAAUGGAGGCGAUUUCGGGAAUUGAGCAUUGAUUCCUACAAGCACAUUUACAAGCGACUCAACAUUGACUUUGACUAUUUCUCGGGGGAAUCUCAAACCGAGCCUUUCAUUCCAAAAGUGUACGACAUGCUGAAUCAGUUUGGAUUGAUCGAAACGACGGAUGAUGGCGCCUUGAUUGUCAAUUUGGAAACUUACAAGCUAGGGAAGCCAAUCAUCCAACGCGCAGAUGGUACCAGUUUGUACAUGACCCGAGACCUUGCCAGUAUCAUGUUGCGUCGUCAAUUAUUUGGAGAUUUUGAUAAAGCUGUCUAUGUCGUUGGCACUGAGCAGGAGCUCUAUCUCAAACAACUCUUCAAGAUCAGCGAGCUGAUAAAACAGCAUGAUCCCAGUUGGCCUACCGACUUGUAUCAUGCCAAUUUUGGUAGAGUGUUGGGCAUGUCUACUCGAAAGGGCACGGUAGUGUUUCUGCAAGACAUCCUGGAUACGGCGCAAGAGCACAUGCUAGAGAAUAUAAAGAAUGGAAACCAGUUCAAGAUGGAUGCUUUGGAUGACCUGGAUAGCGUGGCGGAUAAGCUAGGCGCAUCUGCUGUACUUGUGCAGGACAUGGUGGCUAAAAGGUUAAAAAACUACCAGUUUUCUUGGGAUAGAAUGACAUCUGCCCGAGGAUAUACAGGUGUUUAUUUGCAGUACACACAUGCUCGUCUUUGCGGGAUUGAGAGAAACGCUGAAAUUCCACUUGACAUGAAGGCUGACCUCUCGCUGUUGAAGGAAAAAGAAGCAUUCGAACUGGCAUUGACCAUCUCUCAAUUACCGGAUAUUACUCACAAUGCCUGUCAAACCAUGGAUCCAUGCAUUCUGGUGCAAUAUCUAUUCAAAUUGGCGCAUGUAACAAGUCAAGCAAACAAUAUUCUCAGAGUAAAAGGAGCUGAUACCAAGACAGCUGAAGCUAGAUUGCUCCUUUUCUGGGCUGCAAAAACCACACUUGCCAAUGGUCUCCAUUUGUUGGGCAUUGAUCCUCUGAGUCGCAUGUAA